GCCACUGACCACAGGCACAGGAGGGAGGUAGGGAGAGAGAGAGAGAACGCGCACAUCACGUACGGUACGAAGCAGCGGGAUAUAUACGUAUAUCAUACGUACGCGUCGAGUAUUUUGGGCCGGGGUACGCGUGUUUAUAUAUACUGGUACCAGCAGAAUUGUAUUCAACUAGCUAGCCGAGUUGAUCGAAGAUACAUGGCGCCGGCGGAGAUUGCAGCGACGACGACCAAGGUGGAGGCGGCGGGGCGGAUGCCGCCCAUGGAGUGGGAGCCCAGGACGCUCACCUUCGACCAGAUCAAGUACGCAAGGGAGGCGGCGCUGUACGUGGUGAGCACCAAGACGGAGGAGGAGGCGAUCCGGAUCUUCACCGAGGGCCUCAAGCCCGUGCAGAUGACCGUCAGGAAGUGCUCCAUGGACUCGUCGUCCGACGACGACGUCGACCUCCACUCCUCCGGCUACUCCUCCAGCCGCUGCGGCGGCGGUAGCAAAGGCCGCGGCCACCGUGAGCGGCGCUCCGUCGAGAGGGACAUUGCUACUGCGCCCUUCUAGCUAGUUCCUUGACCCAGCUGCUCAUUGUACAUUUGUACUCCUAUAUACUAGUUUAGUGUGUAUCUUUUUGUUUCUUCCUCUUUUUUCCCAUCACCCUGUUUUUCCUUUUGCUGGCCUGGUUUGUUUAGGGAGCCGGCGAGUUUAGCUAGCGAGCUAGCGUGGCAAAUUUUGUGGGGCAAGCACUGGCUGACGCUAUGCUACAAAGUUAGAAGGCAGGCGUAGCGCUAGCGUGCGCGUGUAAAAGUCAGAAGCUAGCAACAAUAUCAAUAAAAAGUCUGCAACAAGCACAUCAUUUCCAAACA